AUGGAAUACCAAGUUUAUAAAAAUGUCGGAAAAAAUAUUCUAUUUAUAUCGACCAUUGGUUUAUCAUCGAUUUUUAUUGCCAAAUCCAUUAUAAGAAGGAGAAGACAGGAACAAUUCAAUCCAACUGCGAAAGCUAAUGAAGAACUCUAUCAAAAGGAAAAGCUUCAUAAGGAAACAGAUUAUUAUGCUAAUUUAGCUAAAGUUAGACCCGGGUUCCCAAUACCACAAGAUGAAGAGGAUGAAAUAAUAGGGAAUCACAAAGAACAUUAUGAGAGGAAGAGUCAAUACGAAGGGAGUGGUAUGAGUGUAUUAUCUAGAAAACGUGGAGAUAGAUUAGGUUUUCUAGACAGAAGGAGAGGUAAUAAUAACAACAAUAAUAAUGAAUAA